AUGUCUCGACCGACCGGCCUCAUCGCCAAGAAGGGCAUCGAGCUCCUGACCUGGGGCACACCCAACGGCUACAAGGCCUCGAUCCUGCUCGAGGAGCUCAAGGAGGCGUACGGCCUCGACUACACCUGGCAGGGCAUCAACAUUGGCCAGAACAUCCAGAAGGAGCCCUGGUUCAUUGCCGUCAACCCCAAUGGCCGAAUCCCCGCCAUUGUCGACCACGACAACAACGAUCUCGGCGUCUUUGAGGGCAAUGCCAUCCUUGGCUACCUCACCCGUCGCUACGACACCAAGAACCUCUUCUCGUUCCCCGUCGACUCCGACGACUAUACUCGUGCCGAGAGCUGGAUUGGCUGGCAGCACGGCGGUGUAGGACCUAUGCAAGGCCAAGCUGGACACUUUGUGCGCUUCGCGAGUGAAAAGGUCCCCUACGGCAUGCAGCGCUACGUCGGCGAGACAGAGCGCCUUUACGGCAUCCUCAACACACGCCUGGCUGACCGCGACUACGUUGUCGGCGAGGGCCGCGGCAAGUUCAGCAUCGCCGAUAUCGCUCUCCUGGGCUGGGCCAACAGCCUCGGCGGCAUCACCAUCGACUACAAAGCGCUGUUCCCCAACGUCGUCGCCUGGUUUGAGCGCUGCUCUGCGCGCCCAGCCGUCCAGCGCGGUUUCUCUAUUCCCAACCCCCCGCCGUCUGUAUUGAACAAGGAGAGUGAUGCCCAGACGGAAGAGAAGAAUGCAGAGUUGAAGAAGGAGGUGCUGGCUGCCAAGGAGAAGUACGGAUACAAGUAUACGUCGCCGUAG